AUGCAAUCCCCAAAGACCCUUCUCUUUCUUGGAGCCACAGGUGGCUGCGGCCUCUCUGCCCUGCGCCGAUCUCUCGACGCCGGCUUCACAUGCAUCGCUCUCUGCCGUACACCGUCCAAGCUGACUGCCGUUCUCUCUCCCGAGACUUACCCCAAACUCCACGUCGUUGAAGGCAACGCCCACGAUGCUGAGGCUAUCGCCAAAUGCCUCGUUCUAUCUCAUGACCCAUCCCGUUUCGUGGAUGUCGUCGUCUCCACCAUCGGCGCCUGGUUCGACAUGCACAAGAUGAACCUCGAGGACGUCCACGUCUGCGAAAAGGGCAUGACCGUCCUGCUCGACACCAUCAAGACUCUGCGUACCGAGAAAAAAGUCUCCGGGAACCCGCGGGUCAUCGGACAGAGCAGUACCGGCAUCUCAAAGUUUGGGAGAGACACGCCGCUCGUCAUUUACCCCCUCUACAAGGGUCUGCUACACACUCCCCACGAGGACAAGCGCGCCAUGGAGGAGCUGCUCGUUUCCAGCGACGAGGACUGGACUGUCCUCCGCGCCAGCUUCCUCACGAAUGGAAAGGAAGAGCCCAGCAGUGCGGUCAAGGUCGGCGUCGAAGACCCCGUCAAGGGCGUGGAGGACCUGGUUAUCGGGUACACCAUUUCCCGCGAGGAUGUCGGCAAGUGGAUGUUUGAGAACAUCUUGAACAAGGACGGAAAGGACCGGUAUGUUCGCAAGGUCGCGACCAUUACCUACUAA